AUGCCUGCUGGAGGAGCCCUUUUCGGAAGUGCCGCUGCCGGCCCUGGAUCUACUGGCGGAAAUAAGCAUUUGAUAGAAGUGAGAGCUGGAAAAAUGAGCCUCAAAGGCCGCAUGGUUUACCCAGAUAAACGCAAGGGUCUGAUGUAUGUGUACCAGAGUGAAGACUCCUUGAUGCAUUUUUGCUGGCAAGAUCGAACCACAGGUGUUGUUGAAGAUGACUUGAUCAUUUUUCCAGAUGAUUGUGAAUAUGUGAAGAUUCCUCAGUGUACCACAGGAAGAGCUUACCUGUUGAAGUUCAAGUCCUCAAAUAAGAAGUUCUUUUUCUGGUUGCAAGAGCCCAGUAGCAGCAAAGAUGAUGACAACUGCAAGAGAAUCAAUGAACUUCUCAACAACCCUUCAACUGCUGUUCAGUCCACCCCAAAUCCUGAUCAGGACUUGCAGUCACUCUUAAAUAACAUGUCACAGUCCCAACUCAUGCAGCUGUUUGGUAGUGGGGUCAGCCAGAUGGGGGGACUUUCUAGUCUUCUUGGAACAAUUAGAGGUCCAAACAGUGGUAGUGCACGUACAAACACCACACCUGCCAUAACACACCGAACAACAGUACCUAGUACUCCUACAACUACCACUACUACAACAAAUCAAGCUGCUACUCCAUCUGCUGGACUUAUAACUCCACAAAGAGCAAUUCCAAAUUCAACCCCUGAUGCUCCCAAGGCUAAAGCAAACUCACGUGUUCCAGAUAACAGCACUCCUGUCCCCUAUUCUAAUCCUAUUCAGCUGUCUGAUUUGCAAACUUUCUUGUCAGGAAUUGCCCCUCCUGCUACUGCAGAAGGAACCCAAGCUCAGUCAGUGGAUUUGUCUACUGCUCUUACUAGUGAUGCCUUGACUGGGGUUCUGAGCAAUCCAGAUACUUUGCAACAACUCCAGAGCCAUUUGCCAGCUGUUGAUAGCAACACACAAGAAGCACUAAGGUCUACCUUGGCUUCUCCACAAUUUCAACAGGCCGUUUCUCAGUUUUCUAGUGCCUUAGAAUCUGGUCAAUUGGGUCCUAUAGUCUCCCAAUUAGCAGUCAAUCCAGAAGCUGUGGCAGCUGCAGCACAGGGAAAUAUGGCAGACUUUGUGAAGGCUUUGGAAAAAAGUACUUCACACACUGAAGGAGCUUCAUCAGAAAAUAAGGAGCAAAGUGUUAAGAAAGAUGACAAAAAGGAUGAUGAGGAUCAGAUGCAACUGGAUUGA